AGGAGCAGCAGCGUUUGAACAUCUCUCUUUUUUUUUGCCUUCCUCCUUCUCUUACUCUUGUAGUUGGUGGAUUUUAAAAAGACAUUUAGCCCUCAGAGGUUUGUCCUGGAUGCUUUUGCUUUUUUCCUUUAUUCCCCCCCCUCUCUCUCGUUUCCCCCCUUCCUGUUCUUUUUUAUGGUUUAACAGCCAGAGGUGCUGUGCUAAAUUCUUGGAAGGGGCCCGGAUGUACUGAGGAUGCAUUGCAAUUUCACUAAAGGAGGCAGUAGUGGAAAGGAUCAGUUUUUGGUGUUUGAUGCAAUAAUGGGAAUCAGGUAAUAAUAAAAGGGGAAAUUCUACAGCUCCAUUCUUCCUUGAAUUUUACCAAGCCGAUUUUCGGAGGGAUUAAUCUGGACUCGUUUUAAAUGGUCAAUGAAAACAAGAGGAUGUACAUUCCAGAAGAAAACCAUCAAGGUUCCAACUAUGGGAGUCCCCGUCCAGCUCAUGCCAACAUGAACGCCAAUGCAGCUGCAGGGCUUGCCCCAGAGCACAUCCCUACUCCGGGGGCAGCUCUGUCCUGGCAAGCUGCCAUCGAUGCUGCCAGGCAAGCCAAGCUGAUGGGGAGCGCUGGCAACGCAACGAUAUCCACGGCCAGCUCCACGCAGAGGAAACGACAGCAGUAUGGGAAGCAGAAAAAACAGGGUACCACCACAGCUACACGGCCUCCCCGGGCACUGCUGUGUCUAACACUGAAAAAUCCCAUCCGGAGGGCCUGUAUCAGCAUCGUCGAAUGGAAACCAUUUGAAAUAAUUAUUUUACUGACUAUUUUUGCCAAUUGUGUGGCCUUAGCUAUCUAUAUCCCCUUUCCAGAAGAUGAUUCCAAUGCCACCAAUUCCAAUCUGGAACGAGUGGAAUAUCUCUUUCUCAUAAUUUUUACAGUGGAAGCAUUUUUAAAAGUAAUAGCAUACGGACUUCUCUUUCACCCCAACGCUUACCUCCGCAAUGGCUGGAAUUUACUAGAUUUUAUAAUUGUGGUAGUAGGGCUUUUUAGUGCAAUUUUAGAACAAGCAACCAAAGCAGAUGGGGGGAAUUCAAUAGGAGGAAAAGGUGCCGGAUUCGAUGUUAAAGCACUGCGGGCUUUCCGAGUAUUACGUCCAUUACGGCUGGUGUCUGGAGUUCCUAGUCUCCAGGUGGUUUUAAAUUCCAUUAUCAAGGCCAUGGUCCCUUUGUUGCAUAUUGCCCUGCUGGUGCUGUUUGUCAUUAUUAUCUAUGCCAUCAUUGGACUGGAGUUAUUCAUGGGGAAGAUGCAUAAGACCUGCUACCAUGUGCAAGGGGGACUGAUAGAUACACCUGCAGAAGACGACCCGUCUCCCUGUGCCCCCCAGUCUGCGCACGGGCGGCAGUGCCAGAACGGCACGGAGUGCAAGGCAGGCUGGGAGGGACCUAAACAUGGCAUCACGAACUUUGACAAUUUUGCUUUUGCCAUGCUGACAGUGUUUCAGUGCAUCACGAUGGAGGGCUGGACAGAUGUGCUCUACUGGAUGCAGGACGCUAUGGGCUAUGAGUUACCAUGGGUGUAUUUUGUCAGUCUGGUCAUCUUUGGAUCCUUUUUCGUUCUAAAUCUGGUUCUUGGUGUGUUGAGCGGGGAGUUUUCCAAAGAAAGAGAGAAGGCUAAGGCUCGAGGCGAUUUCCAGAAGUUACGGGAAAAACAACAGCUAGAGGAGGAUUUGAAGGGAUACUUGGACUGGAUAACUCAAGCAGAAGAUAUUGAUCCAGAAAAUGAAGAUGAAGGCAUGGAUGAGGAGAAACCUCGAAACAUGAGCAUGCCCACCAGUGAGACCGAGUCCGUGAACACAGACAACGUCCCUGGAGCGGAUAUGGAAGGCGAAAACUGCGGCGCUAGGCUGGCGCAUCGGAUCUCAAAAUCAAAAUUUAGCCGCUACUGGCGCCGAUGGAAUCGAUUCUGCAGAAGAAAGUGCCGUGCCGCUGUCAAGUCCAAUGUUUUCUAUUGGUUGGUGAUCUUCCUUGUGUUCCUCAACACCCUCACCAUUGCCUCUGAACACUACAACCAGCCAGACUGGCUCACGGAGGUCCAAGACACUGCCAACAAGGUGCUGCUAGCUCUUUUCACGGCAGAGAUGCUGCUGAAGAUGUACAGCCUUGGUCUCCAGGCCUAUUUUGUGUCCCUCUUCAACCGCUUUGACUGUUUCAUUGUGUGCGGAGGAAUCCUGGAAACGAUCCUGGUUGAGACAAAGAUCAUGUCACCACUGGGCAUUUCGGUUUUGAGAUGUGUUCGACUCCUAAGAAUAUUUAAAAUCACAAGAUAUUGGAACUCCCUGAGUAAUCUCGUGGCUUCACUCCUGAACUCAGUUCGCUCCAUUGCCUCCCUGUUGCUGCUUCUCUUCCUCUUCAUUAUCAUCUUCUCGCUCCUGGGGAUGCAGCUCUUUGGGGGCAAGUUUAACUUUGAUGAGAUGCAGACCAGGAGGAGUACAUUUGACAACUUCCCUCAGUCCCUCCUCACAGUGUUUCAGAUCCUGACUGGGGAGGACUGGAAUUCGGUGAUGUAUGAUGGGAUCAUGGCUUAUGGCGGCCCCUCUUUUCCAGGAAUGUUGGUCUGUAUUUACUUCAUCAUCCUCUUCAUCUGUGGAAACUAUAUCCUGCUGAAUGUAUUUUUGGCCAUUGCUGUGGACAACCUUGCUGAUGCUGAGAGUUUAACAUCUGCACAGAAAGAGGAGGAAGAGGAAAAAGAAAGGAAAAAGCUAGCAAGAACUGCAAGUCCUGAAAAGAAACAGGAGAUGGAAAAAACAGCUGUGGAGGAAGAGACGAAGGAGGAGAAAAUUGAGCUGAAAUCGAUCACCGCUGAUGGAGAAUCCCCACCUGCUACCAAGAUCAAUGUGGAUGAUUAUCAGCCCAAUGAAAAUGAAGAAAAGAGCCCAUAUCCCACAACGGAAGCACCAGCAGAGGAAGAUGAGGAAGAACCUGAGAUGCCUGUCGGCCCUCGGCCUCGCCCAAUGUCUGAGCUGCACCUCAAGGAAAAGGCUGUUCCCAUGCCUGAUGCCAGUGCUUUUUUCAUCUUCAGUCCUAAUAACAGGUUUCGUGUCCACUGCCAUCGAAUCGUUAACGAUAACAUUUUCACCAACCUGAUCCUAUUUUUCAUCUUGCUCAGCAGCAUCUCCCUGGCAGCUGAGGACCCCGUCCGACACCUCUCCUUUAGGAACCAAAUUCUCUAUUAUUUUGAUAUAGUUUUUACUGUCAUUUUCACCAUUGAAAUUGCUCUAAAGAUCCUAGGCAAUGCAGACUAUGUCUUCACUAGUAUCUUUACAUUAGAAAUUAUUCUUAAGAUGACUGCCUACGGGGCUUUCCUCCAUAAGGGCUCCUUCUGCAGAAACUAUUUCAACAUCUUAGACCUGCUGGUGGUCAGCGUUUCUCUCAUCUCCUUUGGGAUCCAGUCCAGUGCCAUUAAUGUGGUGAAGAUCCUGCGUGUUCUGCGAGUCCUUAGACCACUGAGGGCCAUCAACAGAGCCAAAGGACUUAAGCACGUGGUCCAGUGUGUGUUUGUCGCCAUCCGAACCAUUGGAAACAUUGUGAUUGUCACCACUUUGCUGCAGUUCAUGUUUGCCUGCAUUGGAGUUCAGUUGUUCAAGGGCAAGCUGUACAGCUGCACUGAUAGCUCCAAGCAGACAGAAGCAGAAUGCAGAGGGUACUACAUCACCUACAAGGAUGGGGAGGUCAGCCAGCCCAUGAUACAGCCCCGGAGCUGGGAGAACAGCAAGUUUGACUUUGACAACGUCUUGACUGCCAUGAUGGCCCUCUUCACUGUCUCAACCUUUGAGGGCUGGCCAGAGUUGCUGUAUAGGUCCAUUGAUUCCCACAUGGAAGAUGUGGGACCCAUCUAUAAUCACAGGGUUGAGAUCUCCAUCUUCUUUAUUAUCUACAUCAUCAUCAUUGCUUUCUUCAUGAUGAACAUCUUCGUUGGUUUCGUCAUCGUCACAUUUCAGGAACAAGGAGAACAAGAGUACAAGAACUGUGAGCUGGACAAAAACCAGCGCCAGUGUGUAGAAUAUGCCCUGAAGGCCCGGCCCCUGCGGAGAUACAUCCCUAAAAACCAGUACCAGUACAAAGUUUGGUAUGUGGUCAACUCCACCUAUUUUGAAUACCUGAUGUUCGUUCUGAUCCUGCUGAACACCAUCUGCCUGGCCAUGCAACACUACGGUCAGAGCUGCAUGUUCAAGGAAGCCAUGAACAUCCUCAACAUGCUCUUCACUGGCCUCUUCACCGUUGAGAUGGUCCUGAAAUUAAUCGCCUUCAAACCCAAGGGUUACUUUAGUGAUCCUUGGAAUGUUUUUGACUUCCUCAUCGUAAUUGGCAGCAUUAUAGACGUCAUUCUCAGUGAAACUAAUCACUAUUUCUGUGAUGCAUGGAAUACAUUUGACGCCUUGAUUGUUGUGGGUAGCAUUGUUGAUAUAGCAAUCACCGAGGUGAACCCAGCUGAACAUACCCAAUGCUCUUCCUCUAUGAACGCAGAGGAAAACUCUCGCAUCUCAAUCACCUUCUUCCGACUCUUCCGCGUGAUGCGUCUCGUGAAGCUCCUGAGCCGAGGGGAGGGCAUCCGGACUCUGCUUUGGACCUUCAUCAAAUCCUUCCAGGCUCUCCCCUACGUGGCUCUGUUAAUAGUGAUGUUGUUCUUCAUCUACGCUGUGAUUGGGAUGCAGGUGUUUGGUAAAAUUGCGCUGAACGAUACCACGGAAAUCAACCGCAACAACAACUUCCAGACCUUCCCCCAGGCAGUGCUGCUGCUUUUCAGGUGUGCCACUGGUGAGGCCUGGCAGGAAAUCAUGCUGGCAUGUCUCCCAGACAAGAAGUGCGACCCGGAGUCAGAGCCGGCCAACUCCACCGAAGCUGAUCACUCCUGUGGCAGCAGCUUCGCCGUCUUCUAUUUCAUCAGCUUCUACAUGCUCUGUGCCUUCCUGAUCAUCAAUCUUUUUGUAGCUGUUAUAAUGGAUAACUUUGAUUACCUGACACGGGACUGGUCCAUUUUAGGACCACACCACCUGGAUGAGUUUAAAAGGAUCUGGGCAGAGUAUGACCCUGAAGCUAAGGGACGGAUCAAACACCUGGAUGUGGUGACGCUGCUCCGGCGGAUUCAGCCCCCCCUGGGCUUUGGGAAGCUCUGCCCUCACCGGGUGGCUUGCAAACGCCUUGUCUCCAUGAAUAUGCCACUGAACAGUGAUGGGACUGUCAUGUUCAAUGCCACUCUCUUUGCUUUGGUCAGAACAGCACUGAGGAUCAAGACAGAAGGUAACCUGGAGCAAGCCAACGAAGAGCUGAGAGCAAUAAUUAAGAAAAUCUGGAAGCGCACCAGCAUGAAGCUGCUGGACCAGGUGGUGCCUCCUGCAGGUGAUGACGAGGUGACCGUCGGGAAGUUCUACGCCACUUUCCUGAUUCAGGAGUAUUUCCGGAAGUUCAAGAAACGUAAAGAGCAGGGGCUGGUGGGAAAGCCCUCCCAGCGCAACGCGCUCUCCUUACAGGCUGGUCUGCGCACACUCCACGACAUUGGCCCAGAGAUCCGACGAGCAAUUUCUGGAGACCUGACAGCUGAGGAAGAGUUAGAUAAGGCCAUGAAAGAAGCUGUCUCUGCUGCCUCUGAAGAUGAUAUCUUCCGGAGAGCUGGAGGCUUGUUUGGAAACCAUGUCAGCUAUUACCAAAGUGAUGGCAGGAGUGCAUUCCCCCAGACAUUUACCACCCAGCGACCUCUGCACAUCAAUAAGUCUGGCAACAACCACGGAGAUACCGAGUCUCCAUCUCAUGAGAAGCUGGUGGACUCCACCUUCACUCCCAGCAGCUACUCAUCUUCAGGCUCCAAUGCCAACAUCAACAAUGCCAACAACACUGCCCUGUGCCGCUUCCCCAGCCCACCCACCUACCCCAGCACUGUCAGCACAGUGGAAGGCCAUGGGACCCCCUUGUCACCCACGAUAUGUGUGCAGGAGGCUCCUUGGAAACUACCAUCCAAAAGCUCCAGUUCCAGAGACAGCCAGCUGGCAAUUGUUUGCCAAGAGGAAGUGUCUCAGGAUGAGACUUAUGAUGAAAAUUUGAAUGAAGACAUUGAGUACUGUAGUGAACCAAGUCUGCUCUCUACCGAAAUGCUUGCAUACCAAGAUGAUGAAAACAGACAACUCACUCCACCAGAAAACAGCAAAGGAGAGGACACCCGGCACUCUCCGAAGAAAGGGUUUCUGUGCUCCUCAGCACUAGGUCGAAGGGCAUCUUUUCACUUAGAGUGUUUGAAAAGACAGAAGAACCAGGGCGUGGAUGUCUCGCAGAAGACAGUUCUGCCUUUGCAUCUGGUACAUCAUCAGGCGUUAGCAGUGGCCGGCCUGAGUCCCCUGCUCCAGCGAAGCCAUUCCCCCACCAUGUUCUCCCGGCUGUGUGCUACGCCCCCCGCCACCCCCUGCAACCGUGGCUGGCAGCAACAGACCAUCCCGACCCUGCGCCUCGACGGGGCGGAGUCCACUGAGAAGCUCAACAGCAGCUUCCCGUCGGUGCACUGCGGCUCCCGGUUCCCCGACAGCACCGGCUGCAGCAGCCCCAGGAGAGCCAGGCCAGUGUCCCUCACCGUCCCCAGCCCGACCGCCGGGAGCAGCAGGCAGUUCCACGGCAGCGCCAGCAGCCUGGUGGAAGCGGUCUUGAUUUCGGAAGGACUGAUGCAGUUUGCUCAAGAUCCAAAGUUCAUUGAGGUCACAACCCAGGAGCUCGCAGACGCCUGCGACAUGACGAUAGAAGAGAUGGAAAAUGCAGCAGACAACAUUCUCAAUGGUAACAGCAAGCAGAGCCCCAAUGGCAACCUCUUGCCUUUUGCUAACUGCAGGGACCCAGGGCAGGACAGUGCAGGAGAGGAAGAGGAAGAGGUGCAGAACCCGGAUUGUAGAAUAAGUCAGGAGGAGCUCAAGGACAGCAGGAUUUAUAUCAGCAGCCUGUAGUUGCCAGGGCUGGAAGCGAUGCUGGUUUUUUAUUUGUUUCAAUGUUCCUAAUGGGUUUGUUUCAGAAGUGCCUCACUGUUCUCGUGACCUGGAGUAACCGGAACAGCGUUCUUCAUUCAUUUCUGUUGGGACGAGUCGCAGAGUUGGGUGGUGUAAGAAAGCUUUUCAGGAGCGGAUAUAACCCCAGCACGUGUCCAUGAAGGAAGAGUGAGGAGGAGGAGGAAGAGGAGGAGAGCAAGCUCCCUCUUUUUUUCAGUCCCUGCACAAGGAACGACAACUGCCUCCGGAGCACGAAGGGGAACCUCAGCUUCCUGUGGAUGGCCCUAGCCAAAAGGACCCUGCGCCAAACGGGUGUCUUUCGACUUUGCUUGUAAAAAUCAUUUUGCACAUAUUCUGUAUGAGCCUCACCGUCUCCAUAAAGCCAAGGCCCUUUGAUUCGGAAGGAGAGGAAGACUUCUGCUGUGGAUUCCCAUGCCGCGAGGGGGAGGAGGAAGCAGGAGAAGCGCAGGGGUGCCCGAGGGGCAGGCGGCAGAGCUGCCCAGCCCCGCCGAGACUCCCAGGCAGUGGUCCCUGCCAACCAAUCCGAGCGCAGGCGGCCACUCCUGCCGACCAAUCAGAGCUCGGGCAGUCACCUGCCAGCUAAUCCGAGCUCAGGCAGCCUCCUGCUGGCCAAUCAGAGCUCAGACAGCCAGCCAUGCCAGCCAAUGGGAGCGCCGCCUCUGCAGCGGGGCGGAGCUGACCUGCCCCACCCAUGCUGAGGUGGUGGUGGUGGGCUCGUGUAGAUCCCUUCUUGUUUUGCGGUUUGAUAUUUCCUUGAAAGCAUGUUGCAGUUUUUAUUUUGACCUUUUUUUCUUUUUUUUUUUUUUUUUUUUUUUUUUUUUGAGGGAGAAGGGAGUGUUUACAGCGUUUUGUAAUCACCUACCUUUUUUGGUUUGGUUUAUUUUCACCUUUGCAAAUGUUAAAUUGGUUUGAUCAUGUUGUAUUAUUUAAACUGGGGUGGGGGGUCUCCAUUGAAAUUUGGUAGAAGUAUAACGAUAAUAGACGAGUUUUACCAACCAUUAUGUACACCAAGAAUUUGUAAUUUUAUUUACUAGUAACUGAAACCUUUUUUUUGUUGUUGUUUUAUAAUUUAAAGAUAGUAGGCAAUGCACUUGAUAUAGUCUUGCACAUUUGAGUGAUUGAUUUGGGUUCUUUUUAGUGCUAAGUAUAUCUGUGAGUGUGGGAGCAAUACGGGGCGAGUGUGCGUGUGCGCGUGCGCGUGUGUGUAAGUGCAUGCAGCUCUCCACAUCCUGGUUUGAGCUGCAGGAGAUCUGUAUCUGGGGCCAUUUGAAUGCAAAAACAAACCACUGUCUCUGCUUUUGAAAAAGGGAAUCAGUAACUUUGCAUUUUCUGUUCCACAAGAUAUGCAAAAACAAUGCAAUAAUAUUAAUUUUAAAAAUAAAAUUGUAAGUUGUGUUGGCAUUAAAACUGUAUAGAAAAAAAAUUGCGGGGGUGGGGGGAACUAAAAAAAAAAAAAAAAAAACCCAGAAGGCGUUCCGCUUCAAUAUAUUCCGUGUGAUGUUUUAUUGCAUUGAUAAUGUUUCUGUUGAAGAAACCGUUAUACUUGAAUUCAGGUCAGUUUCAGUAUUUUUCAAAUAUUUUUUUAAAAUGAAUUGCAAUUGUGCCAAGCAAAGAUAAUGAAUUGAAUUAAGUUUGUUUAACAAAGAAAAAGAAAAAAAAGAAUCACUUCUUGUAUAUUUUGCUGCAUGUCAAGUGAAUCAUUUCGUAUUUGGAAUGUGCCAAGCUUUACCUUUGAACUUUUAAGUGCUUUUCUACGUGUGGUUGGGGAAAGGGGUACUAUUUUUUUUUUCCUUUUUUAAUUUGUACAAUGAACAAAGUGUACCUGGUGUAAGUAACUAUUCUGCAAUCCACUGACAGGUUGAACGUUACUGAUUUUGCAUAUCUUGUGUUCAUUUUCCUUCUUCCUCACCCCCUUUUAACAUGCACGAUGACUUUAUUGGUAGAGAAUCUUUCUUCCCUGGACUGGGACAUUUUAUUCAGGCUUUAUUUUCUUUCCUUUUGCUCAAUUUCUGUAAAGGUCUCAUCCCGCUCAAGGGUGGCAAGACCCCCAAGCCCAUUUGGCAGAUCCAUCCUACAUAGUCAGCUGGCACCAGCAAUUCAAGGAGCAAGGGGGGGGGAAAUCUGCUUUCAAAAUUAUUUAAUUAGAUAGCUGACCCUGCUCAAUUAUAGCAGGGUGCUCAGAUAAGAAAUGCAAGAAUCAGAAUAGUUAGCAAAGUAAAGUUGUCUAACUCUGUCCUGAACUGAAAGCAGAGGGUAAGCGAGGGAGAGAGCUCUGGAUCUUUAUUAGGAGAAUUGCUGAGACUGGUCAAGAUGCAGAUGCUGAGUCACUUUUGUGUGUUCCUAUGCAUAGUCUCAGUCCUCUUCCCAUACUUCAGUGGAUGGGUCAGAUUCUAAGUCACAAAACAUCUGACAGCACAGUGUGUCCCAGCCAGAUUUCCUGACUAGUGAGUAUGAAACUGUCUUUUCUCGCAUUGAUACUCAGCCCUAACCCAUGAGAGAGGCUGAAAAAAAACAGGCAUGUAUUGUUAGAUUUUUUGCAACUGAUUUUUGUCCAGACUACUGCUGUUUUUUCUCCCUUCUCAAGAUGGUUCACAAAUUUGCAGAUCAGUGCUGAGUUAGGCGGUGUGAUCUGACUCAGAGCUAAACUUCCAUUCAAAUCUUGAGCUUCUGCAGAUGUCCGAGAACACCAUUUAUUGCAUACGUUGAUUACAUUAUUUUUGUAAUGCUCUUGUUUUUCUUCUUGAUUCUCUGGGGCAUAAAGGAGAAAUACCAAAGGGUGUUUUUGACAAUGCACUUUUUGAACUGGCCAGUAUCAGCUUAAGAAACCUUCAGAAAAACCCCAAGUAUGUUUAAACUAGAGAAAUACAAAUCCAUUUUUACAACCAUCUGUCAUCAAAGUCGUAAUUCAAGACUUCCCCGGAGAAAGUAACCAGCUGAUGUCGGUCAGUCUCACUUUUUCCAUCCCUUGUGCCCGUAUCAAGAUGGGCACACAAGUGUGUCUCCCUUUGAGUUUGUUGCUGCUAGUGCUGAUAUGCUCCAAAGGUACUUGAAAGAAAAGAAUGCUGUGCCUGGCAGUGUAAGGGCUCCCUGUCUCAUUUUCUUCCACUAGAAAGUCCAUCUGACUCUCCCAGUCGGAGACAGAAGGUCUUCUCUGCUCCUGACAAACAGAACACUUAUCUAAAUUAGUGGUGACAAAGGGCAUUUUGGAUGCUUGGCAGCCUGUGUCAUCUUUGAGGACUUUUUUUGAUGGGAAGGAAAACGGCGGAAAGGAUUACGCCUCACACAUUCCUGGUGAAAGCUGCGACUCCCUCAAGGGUCAGAGCCUACAGUGCCCAGGGGAAACUCUGCUCUGUCCUAGGUCCUGCAGAGUGGAAAAUGUAUGGCUAGCAGAGAAUGCAGAUGGCUUUUGCAGUUUGAGGUGUUAAAUUUAGUAAUUGCUGGUGCCAGCUGUGCAAAUUUCUCUUUCUGGGGAGGGCGGCAUUUUUAUUUAUUUUUUUUUCAUUUGAGGUACUUCCAAUGUGCACAUUGUGACAGGCCUGAGCAAAGAGCUACUGCCUCCUUCAAGCGAGGCAGAGUCUGGGGGACAGUGGGAAGGAGGGGGCAGGUUUAGUUCCUGGAGUGUUUUCCUGCAUAUGGGAGUAGAUGGUGGGUAUGUACAAUCACUGUGCUGUGGGUGGAAGCUUUGAAGGAACCAAUGGCUGAGGAAUGACAUGGAAGGAAAGGAAAGAAAGGGGAAAAGAAAACAAAUCUGCUGUUUGCCUGAGCCUCUCUGACUUGCAAGAGUACACUGCAGACUAAAGACAUUUCUUCUAAAACAACAAACCUCCUCCCUGUAUCACUCCUGCUCAUUAGUCCAGACAGUUCUGGGCCAGCCACACCAGGUGCAUUUCUUUUUUUCUUCCUUAUUUCUGUGUGGCUGACUUGAUGGGAAAGAAAGUGGAACUCACGAUCCAGAGCUGGAGUUUCAAUACCCACAGACCUUUUGUGCAUCAUCUGCCUCUUCAGCUGGACAUGUGGACGAUGAUGGUGUAGAUGCUGCUGCUACUGCAGGGGUCCCGCCUGGUUUAUUACCCUGCCCACCACACCCCAGCACGGAGGGACAGCCAGAGAGGCGCCAUGUACAGAAUCGCAUCUAUUUCUGCUUUGUUUUCUGACUCAGAACCCUGCCCCGAUGACUACGACAACAAUGACAACAACAACAACAACAAAGAAAGGGCAAAUGCAUUUUUUACAUUUCUUGAUAAUUUCCAAAGCAAUGUAUCAUUGCUUUCUUUAGACUGACGCCAAUAUAACAGUUGUAUGGGUCUCA